GCAGUAUGAAAGGCGCAUGCUAAACUCACACAUGUGUCUCUGGCCAUUGAUGAGGAACGUGUAUUGUAGCUGCCGAGGUCACGUGACUGAAACGAGGGAACUCUGAGGACACCUUGAGCUCACCUGCCACAUUUCUUUCCCCUUUGUCUCUCUCUCUCUCCAGGUCCAUCUGUGGUUCUCUCUCUUCCUCUGUGCUACACGCUAAAGAACAGGAUCCUACACGCAGAUCUCAUCAGGUGUUUAUUACACUGAGAGACUCUUCAGGGCCCUGAAGCCUCCUCCUAAGUACGCCACCAAUCAUCACUGGAGUACCACCACCUAGACAGGAGUAAGGCGUGAACCCCUCCCCUCUGAUUCAGAUGGCAGACGGUCGGCAGCCCGAGGACAGCGGCCCCCAGUGGUCAUCUCCGGGAGCCCAGGGCUCAUCCUCCCCAGGUGGGCAUGGAGAGAACGGCUUCUCUUCCUCCUACAGGGCUUGCCAGCCUGGUGGUGGCCACACUGGUUCUGCUGCCUCCUACGCCAAAGAGAACGGCUUCAACGGAGAUCUCGCCUCUGGACAUGCUGUGACUGCUGAACAAGUGUCGGCGCGGAUCGUGCAGGAGGUUACGGCCGAAGCGGUAGCGGUACUGAAGGGAGAGCAGGAGCUGCAUCCGGAUACUGCCGUCAGGCUGCCAUCAGUGGAGGACUCUGCAAACCUGCCGCCUUCGCCUCCUCCGUCCCCAGCAGCAGAACAUUUUGGGCCUUUGGAUCAAGAUGUAGGGGAUGAGGAGGAAGCAGGUCCUCUCCGCCGCUUCCAAAAUUCUCGCGAGAGGUGCAAGUUCCUCGCCCCCUCCAUCUCAGUGUCUGUGCCUGAGGAUGACCCCUACCACUCUGACGAGGAAUACUAUGAGCACCCUUUAUUCAGCCCAGAGUGGACGCGCUCUGGCUCUCGCCCCCCAGGGCAGGCCGCCGCGUUUAGACAGAUCGAAGAAGAGGAGACCAUAGAGAGUCUCUCAGCUGCGGAGGAGGAAGAGGAGGAGACUUCAGAAGCCGCAGCAACAGCAGCAGCUCUAGAGGAAGAGGAGGAUGAGGAGCAGUGGAGUGGGGAGGAGCCUGAGCAGGAAUCCCCAUCUGAGCUCCUAGAGCGGGCAGAGGUCAUAGGCGAGGCCCAGGCUCUGCUCGGCCUGCAGGCUGAGGCUGAGGUUCACACACAGGCAGCUACUGCUGCUGACGAGGCCCCUAAUGGGAGAUCUGAGGAGGCAGGGGGGCAAGAAAGCCCUGCAGAAGCUGUGAAGAUGGAAGCAGAGCGGCCAGACAGCGAGAGGGCAGAUCCCAUUGGCAUGGACUUCACUGAUUCUGCAAUGCAUCUAGAUGAUGAACUCCCAUCUUACCAGAGCCUUGCCAGAGAUGCAGAUAUGCCAGAAAGCCCCUUUGCUCGAACAUGUCCCAUGGAAGAUUUUGAAAUGCCUCCAAGUUACCAGGGUCAUGCCAAAGAACCAACUGAAAAGCCUGUUGUACAAAGUGGUGCUGUGAAACAGCCUUCAACCGAAACAUGUGAUUCCAGCAAUAUCCAUGAGGUCAAACCAGGGCAGAUUCAAGACAAACACAUGGAAAAAACGGCAACAGAGGGGGACUUAAAGGACAAAUCUGGCAUGUCUGCUUAUUUUGAGACCACUACAAUUAAGACGGAUGCUGGUGGGUCUCAAGGAGAAGGGUAUUAUGAGCUGAGUACUACAUCAGAAGAACAAAAGGACUCUAUUAGUGACCUGCCACUUCCUGAAAUCAGCUACAGCACUUUGGCUCAAACACACUCUUUGGAAGUCCAGCCAGAUCUUCCAAAAAGGAGCGCAGACACACUACACACCACUUCACCAGCAGACAGAAGAGAUGACUGCAGACUGUCUCCUGGAAAACUGGCUCUAGAGCAACGAAGUUACUCUUUGAAUAUCACCAUUGGGGCAGUGGAUCAUAGCGAUGCCCAAGGGCGUCCAAGAAACUUCUCUCCAUUGGCCACUGACAUCAUGUCUCAUACUAGUGGGAGCCUUGAUGAAUCUGCCGAUUACCUUCCUGUCACAACUCCCUCAGUGGAGAAUAUCCCUCAGUUUCCGCCACUGAUCUUGGAGACAACUGCCUCUAUCACAACUCCAUCAUCUUCACCUCCCCAAGCAACAAUCACUGAUGUAAAGACAAUUCCACAGACAGAGUCUCCAGAAUCACCUGUCCAAGCUAAGUGCUGUUACAAAAACGGCACCAUUAUGGCCCCAGACCUGCCUGAAAUGCUGGACCUGGCAGGUGCUCGAUCAAGGUUGACGUCUGACAACACAGAACAAGAGAUUAUGAGGAGGAAGUCUGUCCCAAUGGACAUGACUUCAAUGGUGAGUGAUUCUUUCGCACAUUUGUUCAAAGGUGACCAGGGCCAGAUGACUACAAAGAGAGAAAUGCAGCUGGAGGAGCAAGGAUAUUGUGUCUUUAGUGAAUACUCUGGUCCCAUGCCAUCCCCUGCAGAUGUACACAGUCCAAUGGAGUGUUCUCCUCAAAUCUUCAACACUGUGAUAUCAGAGGAGAAGGAAACUGGUCCUGCUGCAUUUGAAAAACAGGAGUGUCUAUCGACUGAAGAUCUGAAAGCAACAGAGGUUGUUACACCACAGGCAGAACCAGCAAAAGAAAAGUCAAGGAAUGAAGAAUCCUUUGAAAAUGAAAGUGCACCUUCUGAAAAACCUUCUACAGAGCGUAAGCAAGAUGAGUCUGAUCUUUUGAAGACUGAACCUUUGGAAGAAAUCAAGAGUCCAACUUUACCUGAUAAUGAGAAAGGACAGUUAGACAAACAAGCUGAAACAUUUAUCACACCGAAGGUGACGGUUACUCUUGAGGAAGCAAAGCCUGAUCUUGAUGCUGAUACUAAACUUGCAGCUGAAACUGAAGCUGAAAUAGCUGACUAUGAGAGACAAAUUCGCAAAUUGGAGAUGGAGGACCGGCCUCUGAGCGUAGAGGAGGAACGGGAGCUUCAGGAACUCAGGGAGAAGGUAAAGAAUAAACCAGACCUUGUGCACCAGGAAGCUUAUGAGGAGGUGGAUGCUGAGGAUGUGUACCAGCUCACUGGAGCUGCAAAGGACAGAAUUGCUCGGCCCACCAGACCAUCUCCAGCAUCUUCGGUAGAAAGUGCCACUGAUGAGGAGAAAAUGCAUGUUGGCGAGGCUGAAAAACCUAGAUCACCAGGUAAGAAAGAGGCUCUCAAAACAGAUCCUAAUAGAUUAUCUCCAGUUGGGUCUUUUGAGAAAUAUUUUAGAGAGGAAAGACCUUCUGAGCAGGAGGUAAAGCAGAAAGACUCAGUGGAGCCCCUCAAAGAGAAAGUUGCAGAAGAGAAACCUCAGCCAUCUCCUUCAAAGACAGAUGAGGGUUCUGUUGAUGCUGUAAAAACACAAGAAGUAGAAGAAGAGGUAGAGCUUGCUAAGGAGCCUGAAGAGGUUAUGCCAGAACCAAAGCCAACUCUAAACGUGUAUGAAAAGCCAGUGGUAGAUAAAACUGAGCCAGUUGAGGUUUUGGUCGAAAAAGAGGAGGUUAAAGUGGUUGAAAAAGAAGUGGAAGAUGACCAAGUCUUGGAAGGGGCCAAAGCUGCAGAAGACACUGUUGAGCCUCGAGCUGACGAAGUCUUGGAAGGGGCCAAAGCUGCAGAAGACACUGUUGAGCUUAGAGCUGACCAAGUCUUGGAAGGGGCCAAAGCUGCAGAAGACACUGUUGAGCUUAGAGCUGACCAAGUCUUGGAAGGGGCCAAAGCUGCAGAAGACACUGUUGAGCCUCAGGCUGACGAAUUCUUGGAAGGGGCCAAAGCUGCAGAAGACACUGUUGAGCCUCAGGCUGACGAAUUCUUGGAAGGGGCCAAAGCUGCAGAAGACACUGUUGAGCUUAGAGCUGACCAAGUCUUGGAAGGGGCCAAAGCUGCAGAAGACACUAUUGAGCCUCGAGCUGCAAUUGAGUCAGUAGUGACAGUGGAAGAUGAUUUUAUCACGGUGGUACAGACCAUCGAUGAGAGCGAAGUCUCUGGUCACAGUGUACGUUUCUCAGCUCCGUCUGAAGAGGAACAUCCACAGCUCCUCCAAGAGGAGGAAGAGGAGGAGGAGUCUGUGGAAAUGGCACAGGAAGUAGAAAUGGAGGUUCCCAGUUUGGAGGAAGUUGUAGAUGUUCCAGAGCCUGUUGAGCCUUCUGUAUGUCCAGCUAAAGAAAUAGAAGUGCCAGAAAGUGAGGCCCCAACUCAAAGCUAUGACGACUACAAAGAUGAAACUACCAUUGAUGACUCCAUCUUAGACAGCUCCUGGGUGGACACUCAAGAUGAUGAUAAGAGCAUGGCUACAGAGAAAAUUGAGCCUCUACCCAGAGUGAGGAGCCCUGUCAAGAAACCGCCCGCAGAGAAACCAGUCAAACAGAGGGCUAAAGGUGGCAGGACAAAAGGACGAAUCACCACCCCUGAACGUAAACCUGUCCGCAAGGAGCCGGUACCCAUCCAGAAGGAUGAGAUGAAGAAGAAAAAAGCUGUGAUUAAGAAGGCUGAGCUCACAAAAAAAUCUGAUAUUCAGACGUGCUCUCCUUCCCGGAAGAGUGUUUUAAAGACUACCGUAAGGCACCCUAGACCUACCCAACAUCACGCGUGUGUUAAACGGAAACCCACAGUGUCUGCAGAUGGUCGACUGCCCUUCAGUGUGGCCAGGCACUCCAGAGAUCGGGUGUCUACCUCCAAUCCCACAACACUAACAAAGAUCCCUACCUCUAAAAUUCGGGCAGAGGCUUUGUUGCCGGCCCGGCCGAACUCCGCCAGCUCCUCCAAUAAAAGGAGCCCGUUGGUUGAGGCAGAUCUUUAUGAGCCCCGUCCUUCUUCAGCGGGCCCACAAGUAUCACUAAAUAUAUAUGUUGUAAAGGACGGUGGUUCUCGGAGCCCAGAGAAGAGGUCGUCCCUGCCACGGCCAGCAUCCAUACUAACCCGUCGCUCACACAUGGCUGAGCACGAGGAGAGUUCCACUUCCAUUACCAGUUCUGGGUCCACAGCACCACGCAGGCCCACAUCAUUCCGUACUGAAGUCAAAGCAGAGCACAGGACAGGCAGGUCUCAUAGUAUGACAGGCAUAGAGUCUGGUCGGUCCCGCUCGGCCCGCAGUGGCACCUCCACACCCCGCACCCCCGGGUCCACGGCCAUCACCCCUGGAACCCCUCCCAGCUACUCCUGCCGUACUCCGGGAACCCCCCGCACUCCAGGCACCCCUAAAUCCCUCAGCCUGCUGUCACAGGAGAAGAAAGUGGCCAUCAUCCGCACACCUCCAAAAUCCCCAGCGACUACACCCAAACAGCUGCGCGUCAUUAACCAGCCGCUACCUGACCUCAAGAACGUCAGAUCCAAGAUCGGUUCCACUGACAACAUCAAGUACCAGCCCAAGGGGGGCCAGAUUCAAAUUUUAAACAAGAAGCUGGACUUCAGUCACGUACAGUCAAAGUGCGGAUCCAAGGAUAAUCUGAAGCAUUCGCCCCGUGGAGGCAAUCAGCAGCGGUCAGUCAUUGUUCACAUUCAGUCUAAGAAGAUUGAUCUUAGUCAUGUGACCUCCAAGUGUGGAUCAUUGGACAACAUCCGCCACAGGCCAGGAGGUGGUCAUGUGCGCAUUGAGAGUGUGAAGCUGGACUUCAGAGAAAAAGCCCAUGCAAAGGUAGGCUCACUGGACAAUGCCCACCAUACGCCUGGAGGAGGCCAUGUACAGAUUGAAAGCCAUAAGCUGUUGUUCCGCGACACAGCCAAAGCACGCGUGGAUCACGGGGCAGAGAUUGUGAUCGAGGCGCUCGGGCUGUCAGGCGGUACCUCCCCUCACCGGCACAGCCACAUGUCCUCGUCCGGAAGCAUCAACAUGCUGGAGUCGCCGCAGCUGGCCACGCUGGCCGACGAUGUGACCGCCGCCCUGGCCAAACAAGGCUUGUGAAUCCGAAAUAUCUCCGUUCAACUUCCCUCCACUCAAUCUACAAUAGUCCCCUUCAGUGGUGUCACGGUUUGACCCUUCCUCCCUCUGGUAUUUAUGGAAGACAUCAGAUUUCACUUCCCAUCUGGAAGAAAAAAAAAAAAGCAUUUUAUCUGUUUUUUUGUUUUGUUUGUUUGUUUGUUUGUUUGUUUUUGGUCAGUUUUAAUGAAUAACAACUUGUUAGAGCUAGAGAGGUAUCAGUGCUUUUUAUUACCCAUGUUACAUGUGACUUUUUAUGAUUGUGUACAGAUAGUGGCCUCAACUGCUGGUUUAGGGUCAGUGUCAGGCGUGUUGCGUAAAAGUCGGUCGAAAAGAAUUUUUAUACACGGGAAUGUGGCGCGACGAUCCCAUGCUGCACGUGUUAUUUUGCCCAUUCAGUGCAUGGACUCUAAAACAUCUCAACUGCGAGUCACGUACGAUCAAACACGAUAUACACUAUAAGGGAAUAUAUUUAUAAAUAUACCAGCUCUUUGUCUCGACAUCUCAUGCUCAAUUGAAAAAAAGAAACAAUUACUCCUUCAAUAACUUAUUCCUGUACAAUUGCAUUUAAAAAAACAAACAAAAAAAAAACUAGAUAGUAUGACGAGCAUGUAUUCUAGUACACAAAAGAGGCUAUUUUCUAUUUCAAGGGAUUUUAGUAAGUUAUUUGCUGAAACAUUGAAUAAAAUGAACACAUCAUGUUUUGUAGAUACUAGCGACGAUGUUUAGUUUGUACAUUGUUUCAGAUGACCGCACCCCUGCCUUCGCUGCCGUUACGAAACCGUUGCUUCCGUGGAUCUUUGUCAGUACACAGUUUAAGCAGAUUUGUGCUUUAACUUAUGAUGUGGUCACAUUAGCGAUAUUGAAGAAGUCACUUUCAGAUUUCUUUCAGAAGUCACCGUCAGCACGGUGAAUUCGCUGUGACCAGCUACAACUCGAGCAAAAUCUGCUUGGGGAACUUUUUCGCCCUCAUGCGAAACUCCCCAACACGCAGAAUCCUAUUGAAAUUUCGCCUGCGAAAUUUUGCUGAGCAACACUAAAUGUGAUCGCACCUCUACACAAACAAGUAUAUUACAGUAUUACAUUACGCAAAUACAGUCGAGGGCUCCGGUUAUACGUGAAUCGUGUAAGAUCUGCUCAAUCUGCUGUCUUGACGUGUCAGCCACAUACCGCCAUCUUACAGAGUCGAGAAGGGGACGGACCCAUCUGAGCAAGAUAUGGGUGGUUCUGCGGCCCUCAUUUUAUUCUUAAACAUAGGGACUCUGUCUGUGAUUUAGGCCCUGUGUUCGUCUGCUGAUUCCUGCUUGGAUGCUUAGUUUUCUUUCUUAGGAUGUGGAAAAAGAAAAAACACAAAUCAAAACUUUAAAAAGGAUACUCCGCUUGCAUUUGUUUGAACACAGUACACCAGUAUAUUUUUUCUCGUCAUUUGUGGUUCUCCCCUGCCCCUUUUCCUCUAGAUCAGCUGUCAUUCGUAGGCUUCUGUGUUUUCUCGGCCCCCCUGAGCUUUACCCACCCUUUCCUUGAUUCCCUCUGCUGCUGUAAAUGUAUUUAAAAGGUCACAUAGAUGUACGCAGUUUUUCUCCUGUUGGUAUGAUACGGAUUAUAAAUGCCCUUAACAGUUAUGACAAUAAAAAAAUACAGAAAAUGAACAAAA